CCCACUUCCCUCCCUCCUCAGAAAUAGAAACGACUCGGUCCAGUUUAGCGACAAUCGAGAGAGGAACGCGCCGGCUCGAAGGGCGCCCUGGAUUUCCCUGGCUCGCCGUCAGAACGCAAAGGGAGGCCGAGGCGCCAAAGAAAGGACGCGUUUCCCCAUCGCAAAGAGCCUCUGGAUUGCAAUUCCUCCCUUCGGCCUUGGAGGAAGCCCAACCCCCCCCUCCUUUAUUCCGCAAGGAAACUCGUUACGGUACUCGGAGCCACAAGGUGCAUAAAAUAAAUUAAAAAACAAACAAACAAACCCGGAGCAAAGCGCAUUUGAAAGGUUUGAAAAACACGCGUCGUCGGGCACAGCGAUCAUGGCGCUGGAUUUCCUCGCAGGCUGCGUAGGAGGUGCUGCUGGUGUACUUGUAGGACAUCCAUUUGAUACAGUUAAGAUGACAGAUAAGCCUCAUCACGGGAGAGUUACCUAGUACGCCUUCAAGUUCAAAGUGUGGAGAAGCCGCUCUACCGUGGGACUGUACAUUGUUUCCAGUCUAUCAUAAAGCAAGAAUCUGCUUUUGGACUUUAUAAAGGUAUUGGGUCGCCUAUGAUGGGUCUCACCUUCAUUAAUGCCCUUGUCUUUGGCGUUCAAGGGAAUGCUCUCCGUGCUCUUGGAAAGGACACACCUGUACAUCAGUUCCUUGCAGGUUCAGCAGCAGGCGCCAUUCAAUGUGUGAUCUGCUGUCCUAUGGAACUGGCUAAGACACGGAUGCAGCUGCAAGGAACAGGGGAAUACAAGUUGAAGUCCAAGAACUACAAAAACUCUUUGGACUGCUUGGUGAAGAUCUACCGAAAGGAGGGUCUAAAAGGCAUCAACAAGGGAAUGGUUUCCACGUUUCUGAGAGAGACCCCCAGCUUCGGUUUCUACUUUUUAACGUAUGACUGCCUAACAAGGUAUCUGGGGUGUGAAGCGGAAGAUAGUUACAUUGUUCCCAAACUGCUUCUGGCAGGAGGCAUGUCUGGCAUAGUCUCCUGGCUCUCUACAUACCCUGUGGAUGUAAUCAAGUCCCGCCUUCAGGCUGAUGGAGUUGGAGGAGUCGUACGGUACCAGGGUAUUCUGGACUGCAUUAGAAAAAGCUACCGCGAUGAAGGCCCAAGGGUGUUCACAAGGGGUCUUACUUCCACCUUGCUUCGUGCUUUUCCUGUUAAUGCUGCAACGUUUGCCACUGUUACGAUAUUCCUUACAUAUAUGAGGUCAGAGGAUGGCCAGAUCAGAGGCGAUUUAAGUGGAUGUGAGGCUGGUCCAGUCAUCCAACAACCUUCGAGUUUUUAAAUUGACUGGAAGAUAAAAGUUGUACCUGUUACAUGUAAGAUGUCAUCAUUUUUUUAAAAAAAGAUUAUUUGGAUACCAAGAGUAUACAUUUUGGCCUGUAUAAAGCAUCUUUUUAAAAAUCUCAUUUAUAAAAGCAGCUUAAUGCUUUAGGAAGACUCUGAGUUGACUAGAAAUUCAGGCAAUAAAAGGAUUUGUCCUUUUGAACAUGUGCUCAAACCACAUCUGCUGGAUUUUCCAGUGUAGCCUUGACUUUAAUUCCCACAAUCCCCAGCCAGCACAUUAUUAAGGAAAUCCAAUGCAGUCACUAGCUAAAGUCAGUUUCAACGUAUCUCAGACAGCUCAAAAUGGCGACUACAUCUAUCAGCCCUGAGGCUAUAUUCCUAAUCAGAUUCUAUCUGUGUUCAAACAGGAAGAGAAGAAAUGGGGCCUUGAACAGAUAAUGAAGGCUUGUAUGCACAGAUGCAUACGUCUCUCAACACACAUUAAAAGGUCUGGAUGGAUUCUCUGUUCUAAUUAUUGCUCAAUCUGACCACAAUAUUUUAUUUAGAGCAAUUGUCCUGGUAAAUGUAGAGUUAAAAGAACACCUAUUUGUUUCAUUUUCCUGCACUUUAUCCUAGGAGAGCUUAUGUUUUUCCAAAUAAUUUUAGCUCAUAAUUUAUAACCAUCUGAUCAGUGGCCUUCCUGAUGGGAACUGAUGGAGAUGAACAACUGGAGAACUACAAGCCUUUCCAGACUCUGUAUUUUAACAACCUGUUGCAAGUCAUUCUGUAGAUGAUGUAAGCUACACUUUAUCAUUCUUGUUAAUUAGCAGUACUUGUCAGGAAGCCUGCUGCUUCCUGCUAAUUGUGAAUAUUUUAGUACAGUAUAUGAACAGCCUGUUUUAUUAUUUGAUCAGUAUCUCAAUAAUACUGUUCAGUAUGUAGAUGCUUUCCCUGCUAUUUUUAGAUUAUGGCUUGUUUUUCUGUGCUACUAUUUGCAUUUGGCUUUUAAUUUUUUUAAAUUGUAUGCAGUUGCAUCUUGUAAAUAUUUAAACGUAUUUUAGUUACUAUGUUUUGAGUUGGAAACUAGAGUAUAUCUAGAAACCUUGUUACAACCCAAAUGUAGACCUGGGCUGUCAAACUUGCAGCCCACGGGCCGGAUGUAUCAUGCAUUGGCCACAGCCACGGCUGGUUUAGCGAAAGAAAAAAAAGUAGUGUGAUACGUCACGUGACAAUGUGAGUUUGACACCCCUGAAUUAACUAUUGUUUUUAGGGUGACAGUGAUAGAUGUGCCUAAAUUAUCAUUUCUCCAUUACCAGGGUAUAUGCGCAUAAUUAUGGUCUAUGUGUAAUAAGAUAAAGGAUGAAAGUAUGUUUCAAAGGAUUUAACAGAAGUGUGUUUUAGAGAAUUCAAUAAUGAAAAAAGUCAAGCUCGGUAGUUUUGGAAAUUUUGGUGAACAAGAGAUCUGACAAACUAUUAAGCCUAUUUCAUAGCAUCCUUAAAUAAGAAUGCUGUAACAUUAUCUCACUGACAUCAGCAAUAUAUUAAGUUUUAAUUAGGUUUUAUUAACAAAGGUUUAAGGUUGCAGUGCUAUACACACUUAUCUGGAUGAUUAAACUCCAAUUGGGCUGAUUUCUGAACAGCAAAAAAUACCAUUGGCCUAGUCAUAAUAUCUCUCAAGAUAUAAGAGCCAUCUGGCCAGUCAAACAUCUGUUCCACAUCACUGACUGAAGAAAAAAAAUCUUACACUAAAUCAGAAUUUUGGCAUCUCCUUUUGUAGUAAUGAAGUCUCUAGGGAUUGCCUAUAAGUAUUAAGAAAUCUUAAUUAGCUUAAUUAGUAAUUAGCUUGACAUUGAAAGUUUUGUUCCUGUCCAUAUCCACCUCACUUAAAGAUCUGAUCAUAAUUAAUAAAACUGUUGUGGGCAGGAAAAAAACAUUUCUGUAAUUUUAUGCCAGUGUUUUCACAUUGGCUUGAAUUGGAUGCAUUGGAGGUAAGUUUGAACAUGCAAAGUAUUUUUCCAAAUUAAUUGAGGAAAAUCAAGUUCAACCCAUUUGUUGUUGUAAUGCAAAUUGAAGCCAUUCAGCACAGUACUACAGGCUUGGGCACAAUGUCUGCUCUGGUUAAUUUCCUCACAAACUCUCCCACAAUAACAAUGUGUAAAUGUGCUCAUUCAACAGUUGGACAAAAAGAUGAUGUGAAAUUCCUCAAGUUGAAAGCAUGGAUUAACUCUUUUUAACUCAAAGCAUGGAUUAAUUUACCCGUUCAAGAAAUAAAGUAUAUAAUGCGAGAUUGCCAAGCAGCAAGAACUUGGUGUAACAAUUAGACUGAAACUUAAAAGCUGAAGAAACAGGAUGUAAGACAACUUUCUCAUCACCUCUAAGGACACCUUGGCAUUCAACCAACUAUUUGGCACAUAGAGGGGUCAUUAAAGACCCUUAUAAAUGCUUUAAAUUGCAGUUAUACCAUUGACUUGGCCCUACAAUAUAUACAUUGUUUAAACACCAUGUUUCUCACAUGCUUUUAAGUUCUUCCUAUUCUAUUUCCAUUGCCGUGAAGAAUGUGCAAGCCCAAUGAAAAAAAAAGUAUCACUUGCAGAUUUAACUUUGGAUCAGAGCCUACAUAAUUAUGGGUCCAAAACAUCAAUUGAAGACCAUUAUUAUAGCUGUUGAAUAGACAAGAGGAAGAAAAACAGGUAGAAAAACUAGCAAUGUGAUAUAUAACAGAGGCUCGUAUGUAGAAUGUACCAUUAACUAACUGCAGUGGAAGAUAUUUUUGCGGACAGGUGCAAUAUGUCUGUUUAAACUCUUUAAUAAAAAAUCCAGCCAAUUAUUUUAAUAAUAAUUAUGCUGGAGAAACCUAUAAAACUGGAUUGCUGCUUCUAUACAUGCAGGUAUAGUGGAUGUUUUGACACUACUUGCAGGGACAUUCAAAUUGAAUGUGAAAUCCAAGUUGUUUGUUGUGCAACGACACUAUCUUUUUUUUGUACAGUAUUCUGUAACUGUUGUACAUAAAAGUAAUAAAUCUUUUUUU